AAGAGACAAGGGCAGAGUGCGGCGCGGCUAGCCAGGCAGUGCGCCUGUGCGGCCGGCGCAUCCCAAUGGAGCGUGGAGGCGGUUUCGGGGCGGGAUCCCGUGCUGAGGGGAAUGCGAGGGGCACCCCGCUCCCCGGGAAGAUGGCUGAGCCAGGUGCUGUGCGAACCUCGCCACCCAACCACCGGCCUACAGGGUCUUGCUAAAUUGUCCAGGCUGACCUUGAAUUUGUGAUCCUCCUGCCUCAACCUCCCCAAAAGCUGGGAUUACAGGUAUGGAUGGAUUUUUAAAAUCAGAUGAGAGACAAAGACUAGCCAAAGAGAGAAGAGAAGAAAGAGAAAAAUGUCUGGCUGCCCGGGAGCAGCAGAUACUGGAGAAACAGAAAAGAGCUAAGCUCCAGUAUGAAAAGCAAAUUGAGGAGCGAUGGCGGAAACUGGAAGAGCAGCGACAACGGGAGGAUCAAAAGAGGGCUGCUGUAGAAGAGAAGAGGAAGCAGAAGCUCCGAGAGGAGGAGGAGCGACUGGAGGCAAUGAUGCGCCGGUCCCUGGAGCGUACACAGCAGCUGGAGCUGAAGAAGAAGUGUUCGUGGGGAACAUCAGUGGCCACAGGACCUGGAGGACGUGAUGCAUGUGACAAACUUUCUACAUCAACCAUGAAUUUGCCAAAGCAGAUGGAGCCUCCCAUGAGUAAACGCCUGUCUUCAUCCACCGUGGCAAUAUCCUAUUCCCCAGACCGAGCUCAUCAUCGCAUGCACCUUAGUCCCAUGGAAAACUUUCUUGUUAUGCGACUGUUGACACCCACACAGGCUUCUUUAGCCAGAAGCAGAAGUGCACUCAUGCUCUCUGAGCAGGCCAAUGACUCAGUAUUCCAUGCCUGUCCUCGUGUAGCUCCUGUUGGCCCUCUUAAAUCUUCGUACAAGUCUUCUCCUACCCGAACCACUGAGAGGAAGAAGGCUACAGCUACAUCUGGUGCAGGAGAUGCUGGGAAAGGAGCCCCGGCAGGAGCAGAGGCCUCUCCGGUGGAGAAGGUGAAGAGGGGACAGCGAGCGACAACUUCCAUCCCUGCCGGGGGCCUCGGGUCCCCACUGAGAAGAUGCGAGCUUCCCGCAGGCCUUCCUAAGAGAUCAUCUUCUCCUGUGUUAUCCAAGACAACUUCAAAAGUGUAUCCACAGUCUCCAAAGACAGUGAAGCCAUCAUACCCAGGGUCUCCUGUGAAAUACCGCUUUCCCCCCAUUCCCAACCAAGAAACACCCAAGAAGAAAGCAGAGAAAGAGAAGAGCAACAAGGAAAAGGAAGGUGCCUCAAGUCAGCAGGCUGCUGGCCAUCUUGGAGAGGAAACUCCAGAGAAGUAUGUGACAGACAAACAUGCCACCGAGAAGCAUGUGGCAGAGAAGCAUGCCACCGAGAAGCAUAUGGCAGACAAACAGGCCACUGAGAAGCACAUGGUAGAUAAGCACGCCACCGAGAAGCACAUGGUGGAGAAGCAUGUGGAAGACAAGCAUGCCACUGAGAAAUAUGCUGCCACAGGAGGGAAGGUUGAGAGCAGUACAGCCUUGGGGAAGCCUACAGCAGGCACCACUGAUGCAGGAGAGGCUGCAAAGAUCCUAGCUGAAAAGAGAAGACAGGCUCGGCUGCAGAAGGAACAGGAGGAGCAAGAAUGAUUGGAGAAGGAAGAACAAGAAAGGCUAGAGAGAGAAGAACUGAAAAGAAAAGCAGAGGAGGAAAGGCUGCGCCUAGAAGAAGAAGCCCGUAAGCAAGAGGAGAAAAAGAAAUGGCAGGAAGAGGAAGAAAGAAGAAAGGCAGGAGAGGAGGCUAAGUAGAAGGCAGAGGAGGAGCUGUUGCUGAAAGAAAAGCAAGAAAAAGAAAAACAAGAAAAAGCCAUGAUUGAAAAGCAGAAAGAAGCAGCAGAAGCAAAGGCCCAGGAGGCAGCUAAACAGAUGCGUCUAGAAAGAGAACAAAUCAUGCUGCAGAUUGAGCAGGAGAGACUGGAGAGGAAGAAGAGAAUAGAUGAAAUCAUGAAGAGAACAAGGAAGAGUGAUGUGUCUCCAGAAGUGAAGAAAGAAGACUCAAAAGCGGAGAUUCAGCCUGUUCUAUGUGUGGAAAA